AUGUUUCUUGGGGUAAGCAGUGUCAGUGGGCACGCCGGGAGAAAUAAGCUAACGCUGGCCAUGACCGGCGCUGGUUGCCACUUGAAAUCAGGUUCCCGCUCCGGGAGGAGUUCGUCGAUAGCUUGGAUCACACAGAUCCGGUGCCUCUGGCCUUUCUGCUGGAGAGCUUGGCCAACGGUGGAGUCCCGGGGGACUCAAACAAUGGGUCUGGUUGCGGGCAGCAGAUCGGCAGCGCUGUCCCGGAGAGAGCACACGGGGUGGUGUGCCGUCGUCCGGAUGCUUCUCCUACUUAGUCGGCGCAGUCAACUGACAGAAUCAACCGGCAAGCCCCCGCUGGACGAAAAGCCAAACAAAAAAAAAGAAUAUCUGAGGUCACAGUAG